AUGUCAGUGUCAGCCAUUUUCUAACGCUUGACUUACAUAAUAUAUUGGUAUUUAUAUUGAUACUUAUGGACGUUAGAUUAAAUGCUAGCCGUCUUAAAAAGUUUUAUGGGUCACCCCACUUUUUUGUACGGCACUGAUGUUGAUAUCUUCUCACAAGAUCCGGUUGGGGUACAAAUCGUUUAUAUACUGUGAAGUGUGUCUACUUUCGUUUUCACUUGUGAUACUUUACAUCAACGAAGAAUUUUCGACAACAUUGUUAUUUAGAAUGAAUAAUACAUGCGUUGAAGGAUUUUAUUUUAGAGACAAAUAUGUCAACACUAGAGCAAAUAAACCAAGCUGUAUCAAAAAUACCUUUGAAGAAAAUAGGUUCAUGCAUAGGAACACCAGAAAGGCUUGAAAAUAUACCAUGGAAAAAAAUUGGUAUAGCAACAGCUGUGGCAGUACCAUCUGUAUAUGUAGGAGCCCCUUUCUUUAUAUCUACCUUAGGAUUUAAAGCAGGUGGAAUUGCUGCUGGCUCUGUAGCAGCCAAGUGGAUGUCCAUGGUAGCUGUAGCAAAUGGUGGAGGAAUACCAGCCACUAGUAUUGUUGCAGCAAUGCAAAUCAGCUGGUGUUUUAGGAAUUUUCUGCUAAGACAGGCAUUAUUUAUAGGGAGUGCUGUCAGUGGGGCAGUAUGUCUAGCACCAUCUACAAACAAUAUCCAUGUUGCAGAAGAUACAAGUAGCAAAAACUGUUAUAGAGGAUUCAGAUAAUAAAUCAGUUGUAAA